AUGACGAAAACAUCUUCGAUCAAGAUUGCCGUUAUCGGCGGGGGCCUGGCUGGCGCAACUAUUGCAAACGCCCUCCUUCGACAUGCUCACCUCGAUGUUCAUGUCUACGAGUCAGCGGCUGAGUUCUCCGAGCGUGGUGCAGCUGUCGGGCUCGCCAGCGACGCACAACGGGCUCUGAAGCAAGUGGUCGGAGAGACAGAGGCCAGCGCGCUGCUUGAGAAAGCAGGUGCGGUAGUUCAAGCCUCCACGCGGCUGUGCAUUGGAUCAGGCAAACACGCGGGAACCGUCAUGAUGGAUCUCGGCGGCGGUGACCCGAAGGACGCUGGGAGGGUUGUGCACCGUGCUUCCCUUCUUCGUGAACUCCUCGCUCCUCUUCCCACCAGCCGGCUUCACGCAAACAAGGCACUCUCCGAUAUCACUCCUGCUGCUGAGAAUGGUGUCAAGGUCACUUUCCGUGACGGACAUGAUGAGGCCUUCCACGCCGUCAUCGGCGCAGACGGCAUCUUUGGAGCAGUGAGACGACAUGUGUUGCAGGAGACUGCUGAUACCGAAGGGCCUUCCCCUGCUGGCUUCUGGGACUGCAGAAACCUCGUACCGUUUGAGAAGGCACGAGAAAUCCUUGGUGCUGAGUACUUUGAGCAGGACCGACAGUAUGGAUGGGCCGGGAACGGAGCGUUCAUCAUGCAUGAUGUCCUGGAGAAUAGAACGAAGGUGCAAUGUGUUGUGUCCGCUAUCGAGAAGGAUCACCCAAAGGACCGCAAGAGGCCGUUGACGCGCGAGUUCCUAGAGGAAACCUUGCGUGACUGGCUGGACGGGCCUGUUGGCAAGGGUAUGAUAGAGCUUAUGCUCGACCAAUCUGAUCCUCAGGCGUAUUCUCAGUGGGAACACAAAGCUACCAGCACCUUCGCCAACGGCCAAGUAUGUAUCGCCGGCGAUGCUGCCCAUGCCACGACUCCUUGGCAGGGCGCCGGUGCUGGUCAGGCUUUCGAGGACGCGUUGAUUCUCGGCACGCUACUUGGCGAGGUCAAGCGCCCGGCUGAGAUUUCUCAUGCUUUCCAGGCCUACAGUGCUAUCAGGAAGGAUAGGUGCCAGAGGGUUAUUGAUUCUAGCCGGGGAACGGGGUUGAUCUUCUGUGGACAAGACCCAGAGGCUGGCUUGGAACCUGACAAGAUCAUGGGCCUCCUGGCGCCGAGAUGGGGCUUUAUCGGCGGUAUCGAUUUCGAUACUUAUAAAGAAGAGGCGCUGGCCAAAAUGAAAGAGCUCCAGGGUCUCUGA